AUGCGUCAAUGUGAUCGAUGCUCAUCCAAUAGUGCAUGUGGAUGUUUACAUUUAUCAUUUGCUGAUGAUGUUGGUAUCUGUGCUCUUCUCGGUGUAAGUUGUUCUAGACUUAGUCGUUGUCAGUCACCACAUGAUACUUGUGAACAAGCGGAUCACAUAUGUGUACGUCAUAAUCAAUGUGAUUCACGUCCACUUUGUUAUCCAUUAUCAAUGACUAAUCAAAGAUUAUGUCCAUCCAUUACAAGUAAGAUAGAUUUAAUGGUAAAAGUUGAUUUUGAAUGA